AGUUGACCAGGUCAUGUGGAUGUCAGCGCUAGAUGUUACUGCACAAUGAAAAAUUGCCUGCUUGAAGAGAUGAUUUUUCAAUUUAAGCAAGUAGCAGAAACAGAGAAGAAACAAUGAAUAAGCCAAGUCUGUUGUGCAGCCAACCAUCUUUAAUUACUUCUUGGAUGCUACUUCAGUUUCUCAAUGUUAACAAGAUUAUCUACAACAAAUGAUGCACACAAGGAAAGAAGAAGUGUUGAUGCAUGGUAUCAUCAUCCACUUGGGAGCAGUAGGCCGCGUACCUUCUCUACUCUGCACCGAACAAAAAUGAGAGCAGAGCAUGUAUGUAGCCACGUUAUUCAGUAAACAUUAUUUGAUAAUGCGUGAAUAUCUUUUACAUACAUCAUAAAGUGAAUAUUAUUUAAUAAUGUGUGAAUAUUUAUUUAAAAUAUAUGAUUUGUUUUUAAAAAGUACGUGAACAUUUAGAGAGAGAAAAUGUACACACUAUAUUUUCUUGAUUUAAUGAACAUUUUCUAGGAUACAAGAACACUUAUUUAAAAGUAACAUCAACAAAAAAUAUACAUUUUUAUUUUAACCAGGUUAUGUAACAGUUUAACAUCUUUUCAAAAUGCAUAUACAUUUAGACCAUUUUUAAAUAUAUAUAAAAGGGAAAACAAAAAAAUGAGGGAGAGAGAUUUGGAGUAGAGGGCAAGUCGUACAUUGUUACCGAAAAAGGCUUUCGCCCCGCUUUAUAUAUAAAGCCACAACCAACAUACAACGAGUGAUACAACACCACACGCACCCAAGGCAAGGUACAAAGAUGCUAAGAAGCAGCUAACACUCCCACAACAAAUCCAAGUAAACAAUAGAUAGACACUAAGCCUCACUAGGAAGUCGAGGGAGCACUCAACCGGGAACAAGCCACCGAGAAGAGACCAAGCUACCCGCUGUCGAUUUAUGAGCCCCAAGGUGAUGCCUUCAUGAAGGAUACGCCACUGGAGUGCCGCCACCACCCGAUCCAGAGGAUCACGAUUUUCAUCCGGGGCACCUUGGAGGACAUGGAGUAACCACGACGGAGCCUUCAAGAAGAUCACGACGUCCACGGACGACGCCUCCGUCGGCCUGGGAAUGCCAGGCAGGGUAUUCACCCAGGUAGACACACUCCGGCUCCGAACAGGUUGCGACCAGUCCUGGGGACAGACGCCGCAUCACAGCCACCAAUUGACAAGCACCAGCCGCCAUGCCGCCCACACGACCAUGGAGACUAGCCCGCACCUGAGCCGCGAGCUCCGCCCACGAGCACGCCGCUCCCGCCACCAAGGCCGCCGCCCUGCAUCCCGACACUCCAGACACCAACAAAGGGACAGACUUGGAACCGACCGGCAAAACCCUAGCAUAGCAGAGCCGCCGAUGACUGGACUGCCCCGAACAGUGAUCUGGAGCUCGGAAGCGCUAGGUAGGGGAAAUGGGGAGAAGAGGAGCGGAGCAUGUCCGGACCAGCGCCCCCUGCGCCGGUGACGGGUAGAGAGACCACCCAUCCCCCUGCAACCUCCCCACACGUCACCCCUGACGCCCCACCACGGCCUCCCGCAGCCCCACGCGGGGCAACAUCAGCCAUCCGUCCACCAUCGAGGGCCGCCGGCCCGUCCGCACCCAGCCGCCAAAGAGGGCCUCCAGAGCGCCCAUCCACCGAGGGACCACCGCACCACCGGCAGCCGCCGCUGUAGCAGCUCGCCACGCGCUGCCGCGGUCCACUCCCAACGCCACGACCACGCCGGGUCGAAGCCAGCCCCCGCGCCGCCUGUCGAGGGAGAGCCACCAGAUCCAGCCGAUUUGGGCCGCCGCCGCCAGGCUCGCGCCACCGCCACCACCAGGGGCACAUCCCGCCGGGCACACCACGUAGCCCACCACGCCGGGACAGCAGCCAACAGUGCCGCCGCGCCCCAUGAAGCGCUGCGCCCCCAAACGACGAGGCCGCCCCGCGUCACCCACCACCGCUCGAGGGGGAGAAGAGGCCCCGCCGCCGCCGCUGCUGGCCGGGCUUUGCCCGCCAGCGGGCGCGGCGGCGGCAAGGGGAGUGGAGGAGGGGAGGGGACUAGGAGCGGCGGCGGCUAGGGUUUCCCCCCGUCGCUCGCGGGAGCGACGCGGGGGGAGGGGAUCACGGAUCAAACUUGCCGGCCUCGUCGUACAUUGUUUAAACCAAUCCUAUAUCUAACUCCUAUAUUGAAUGCAUGCCCCCAUCCAGUUGCUCCAAAAGUCCGAACUGAUGUAGAGAGACGGGCAAUAUAUUUCAACACUCAACAUGCAAGCAUAUAUAUGCCACAUCAUCGUACAAUAUGCAUGAGAAAAGGCCCAUCCCACUACCAUAUGUCUCUCAACAUGCAAGCAUGCCACUUCAUCAUAAAACAUGCAUGAAAAAAAAACCAUCUCAACAUGCAAACAUGCAUGAGAAUUUUUAUUUUAUUAUUCUAUUUAUAUUUAAUAAAAAAGUUUACAACUAUAUAAUGAUCAAACAUAAUAAAUUAUAUGUCUUUUCAGUUUUAGCCUUCUAUAUUAUUACUUCAAAUAUUCAUGUUUCAUACAACGAAUUAUAUUAAAAUAUGUUGCAAGAUAUUCCUGCAACAACGAGCCAGUAUGUGCCAUUUGUGUUAUGUAAAAGAAAGGACAAAUGAGUUGGUACGUAUCUUGGUUUGGUCGUCGCCGGCCAGAUGAGACAUCACAUAGUAGCACUUGUACACCUAACCAAAUACAGUACAAUACUACUUACAAAGCUAGUAGCAAGUUGUCUGCCUUGAUCAAAUCUCCCACACCAGUUUGUUGAGCUAGCUAACACAAAUCUACUAUUGUCUCACUUGUUCCGCCUAUAUAUACUCUUUGUUCAAGGAGCUGUCUUCUCUUGCCCACCUGCCCUACACAAAUCGCUAGCUGCUUGAGCCUUUCUGCUGCUUCCACCAAUACACUACUCCGGCAAGGCAAGGCAAGGCGAGGCGAGGCGGCUGGCGGAGUGUCUGCAGAUAGAGAGAUGGAGGUGGUUCUCGGCUCGGCGGCCUCGCUCCUCGGCAAGGUGUUGAGGACGCUGUCCGACAGCCUGGUGGCGGUUUACGUGGACAGCCUACAGCUCGGCCACAACUCGGAGCAGAUCAAGGACAAGCUGCUGCACGCGCAAGUCCUCCUGCACAACGCCCAGGGGCAGGGGGGCCACAACCCUGGCCUGCAGGGGUUGCUGGAGAAGCUGAGCAGGGACGCCGACCAGGCAGAGGACCUGCUCGAUGAGCUCCACUACUUCCAGAUCCAUGACAGGCUACACGGCACCACCCAAGAGGCCGGCCCGGAUCUGGAUGGUGUUGUUCUCCAUGCCGGUAGUGCUGUUCGCCACGCCAUAGGCAGCUUCGCCCAGUUCUUUUCUUCCUCGCGUACACCCAAGAGGGAUGGUAGUGAUGAUGAUGAUGAUGUUGUCGGCCGCGUCACCAAAAAGUCCAAAACCAACUCUGCUAGUGCUAGUCCUGAUGGUGAUGAUAUGCUGCAUUUCGACAGAGUGUCCAUGUCCAGCAAAAUCAAGUCCCUGUUACAGGGCAUGCAGUCCCACUGUGAUUCGGUCUCCAAUUUGCUCGGCAUCGGCAGUAUCACAAGCAACAGCAUGGCAUUGUCAGUCGUCCUACAUCGGCCUCAGACUGCUUCCAUUAUUAUACAAGACACAUUGUAUGGCAGGAGAGACGUUUUUGAGGAAACUGUCAAUCGUAUCACCACUCUUACCGGUACCAUACAGACUGAGACUGUUUCUGUUCUUCCUAUAGUUGGUCCAGGGGGUAUUGGCAAGACAACUUUCGCCCAACAUCUUUAUAAUGAUGGCAGGACUAAAAAGCACUUUGAUGUUCCAGUCUGGGUAUGUGUAUCGACUGAUUUCGAUGUGCUCAAGCUCACCAGGGAGAUCCUUGCUUGCAUAACUGCAACUGAAGAAGGAGGAAGCAGUAGUGUUGCAAAUGAAACAACCAAUUUAGACCAGCUUCAGAAAUCCAUAGCACAACGUCUCAAGUCCAAAAGGAGGUUCCUAAUUGUCUUGGAUGAUAUAUGGAAAUGUGGCAGUGACGAUCAAUGGAAAACCCUGUUAGCUCCGUUCACAAAGGGGGAAGCCAAAGGAAGCAUGGUACUUGUCACAACUCGAUUCCCAAAGGUAGCAGACAUGGUGAAAACAGUUGAUCCACUAGAGCUGCGAGGUUUAGAGUCUAAUGACUUCUUCACAUUCUUUGAAGCAUGUAUAUUUGGUGAAGACAACAAGCCUGAGCAUUACGAAUAUGAGUUUGCUGGUAUUGCACGAAAAAUUGCAAACAAGCUAAAGGGUUCCCCGCUCGCAGCCAAAACAGUUGGUAGACUAUUGCAGAAGGACCUUUCUCAGGAACAUUGGCAUGCAGUUCUUGAAAAGCAUCAGUGGCUAAAGCAGCAAGAAAAUGAUGAUAUCAUGCAAUCUUUAAAGAUUAGCUACGAUUACCUCCCAUUUGAUCUGAAGAAAUGUUUUUCCUAUUGUGGCCUUUUCCCUGAAGAUCAUAGGUUUACUUCUUCAGAAAUCAAUCAUUUCUGGGUUGCAACAGGCAUCAUAGACUCUAAUCACCAAGCCGAUAGGGAUUACUUGGAAGAGCUAGUGGACAAUGGUUUUCUCAUGAAGAAAGUCAGUUAUCACCGUGUACAAGUGGAAAAUGGUUGUCUCAUGAAGAAGUUAAACUACUAUGUAAUGCAUGAUUUAAUGCAUGAGCUAUCUAAGAGUGUUUCUGCACAAGAAUGCCACAAUAUAAGUGGAUUAGAUUUCAGAGCUGAUGCCAUCCCACAAUCUGUUCGGCACCUAUCUAUCAACAUAGAAGACACAUAUGAUGCAAAUUUUGACCAAGAAAUGUGUAAGCUAAGGGAGAGGAUAGACAUUGCUAAUCUGCGGACUUUGAUGAUUUUUAGAGAAUAUGAAGAAGAAAGAAUCGCCAAGCUUUUGAAAGAUAGCUUCAAGGAAAUAAAUAGCUUGCGUGUCCUAUUUAUAGUGGUGAAGUCUGCACACUCUUUUCCAUAUAGGUUUUCAAAACUGAUCCACCUACAGUACCUCAAAAUUAGUUCAGCUUACAGAGACCGGGAAAUGAGUUUACCUGGUACACUAUCAAGAUUUUAUCACUUGAAAUUCUUGGACCUAGAUGGUUGGCAUGGUCGUUCUGAUUUGCCUGAAGACUUUAGCCACCUUGUGAAUUUAUAUAAUUUCUGUGGUGCAAGUAAACUCCACUCCAAUAUUUGCAAUGUCGGUAAGAUGAAGCAUCUGCGGGAGCUAAAAGAAUUCCAUGUCAGGAAAGGGAGCAUGGGAUUUAGACUGACAGAACUUGGGCCAUUGCAAGAGCUUGAAGGAGGACUGAUUAUACGUGGCCUCGAACACGUGACAAACAAGGAGGAAGCCGCUGCAGCCAAACUGAUGUCGAAAAGGAAUCUGAAGGAGUUGGAAUUACUCUGGGGCAGAGAUGGACCAACUACAGAUGCUGAUAUUAUUGAUGCUCUUCAACCACACUCUAAUCUUAGAGUACUUACAAUUGCAAAUCAUGGUGGUACCGUCGGUCCUAGCUGGUUGUGUCUUGACAUCUGGUUAACUAGUUUAGAGAGACUCACUAUAGAAGGCGUAUGUUGGAGCACCCUCCCACCUUUUGCAAAGCUACCAAAUCUCAAGGUACUCAAUUUGAAGAAAAUUUCUGGAAUGCAUCAGUUUAGGCUGCAAUGUGGUGGCGCUCCAGGGAAAUGUUCUAUGCGCUUGAAGACAAUUGAGUUUCGUGAGAUGCCAGAACUUGCUGAAUGGGUUGUGGAACCUAAUUGCCAUUCCUUUCCAAGUCUUGAAAAAAUCAAAUGCAUCCGUUGUCCCAAUCUCCGUGUGUUGCCCUUGUCCGAGGUAUCUUGCACCAAUUUGCGCAGACUUGAAGUUUCUAUGUGCCCCAAGAUGUCUCUGCCCUCCAUGCCUCACACCUCCACACUGACAGAUUUGGAGGUUAAAACUGUCAGCGUGACUGGUGAUCCAGACACGUUGUUGCGUUAUGAUGGAAAGAACUUGGUUGUGAGUGGGUACGGCGGUGCUUUGGCCUACCACAAUCUGGAUAAAGUAGAAGAUAUGGAUAUUGAAAAUGUAUCGCACAUAUCAUUGGCAGACAUUGAAAAGUUUAAAUCCCUAACAGAUCUAACUGUUGGAAGAUGCGACGGUUUGUUCCCUCAAGAGCUGGAUGGCAGUAUUGUCUUGGGUUCAGUAAAGAGUCUGAGAUUAGUUGUAUCUCAUCUUACCAGCAGCAAAUCAUCAUCGUCAAAAGUGUUAAACUGUUUCCCAGCUCUUUCUGUGUUGUACAUAUAUGGAGAUGAAGAAUGUGUAAUGCAGUUCCCAUCAUCCAGCUCACUGCAGAAACUUACCUUCUCAAGGUGUAAGGGCCUGGUUCUUGAGCAUGUGGAGAAUGGAGGAGGAAUUCAGGAGCUCCAAUCAUUAUCAAUAUUCAUGUGUGGCAAAUUGUUCUGUCGGUGGCCCAUGGGAAUGGGAGAAUCAGAGACCAUUUGCCCUUUCCCUGCUUCCCUGAGGGAACUUGAUAUUGCCGACGAGCCAAGCAUCAAGUCAAUGGCUCUGCUCUCAAACCUCACGUCUCUCACCACUCUAAGGCUAAAAGAGUGCCGUAAUUUAACAGUGGACGGAUUCAAUCCUCUCAUCGCAGUCAAUCUCAUAGAACUGCAAGUGCAUAGCUGCAGCACCUUAGCAGCAGACAUGCUCUUAGAGGUGACCAAAUUAUUGCCUGCGGGUUACAUCUCUAGAUUGGAGAAACUCAAUGUGAAUAACAUCUGUGGCUUGCUUGUUUCUCCUAUUUGCAACCUCCUCGCCCCGACCCUCCACACUCUUGAAUUGGAGAGGAUGGAAAGCUUGACGGAAGAGCAAGAGAAAGCGCUGCAGCUCCUCACCUCCCUCCAGAAUCUAAAAUUUUCCUAUUGUGAGCGUAUGCAGUCCCUCCCUCAAGGGUUACAUCGCCUUUCUUCUCUCGAGGAGUUACGUGUCGUUUCGUGUCCAGAAAUCCGAUGGAUGCCCAGGGAGGGCCUCCCGGUUUCGCUGAGAAAACUAGAGAUGAUUUGGCGCAGCGCUGAGAUAGACGAGCAAAUUGAGAAAAUCAAAAGAACAAACCCAGAUUUAUCCGUCUCUUGAAGGAUAAUAACUACACCAAAUUAAGGUAACACUUGUCGCCUCCCUAUUUUUAUUUUUUCUAUUUCUGAAGCAAGGUUUAUUCCCCAAAUCUGUGCCUCAUCUUAACCACUGUUGUCAAAUCUUACAGACUAGCAAACUCAUCGUUGCAAUCAAUCUUAUGUGCACACAAGUUGUCAAACCUGCAUUAAUCAACAGGUGCGAGAUACAACCAACUGACUCUUCAUUCUGCAUGCAACACUAGCUGUUGACUCUUCAUUCUGCUACAUCAGAACCAAUUUCUGAUCCUUAAUUUAUGACUGCAUUCAUAGUGCAUUUUCUUCGCCAGGCUUCUGUUCCCAAAUAAAGAAGGGCGUGGGGCUCACUUGGUUCUGAUCACGAAGAGGACUUGAGUCGUAGCUGCAAGAAGUGAUCGAGGCUGGAAUCAUGGAAUUGAAUUAUCAGGCUUGUGCUCAUUUUUGGCAUGAAGCAGCAGGACUGAACAGUCCAAUUUAACUGUUGGCGAAGAGCAGGAUUAUCUUGUCUUGGUGGUGCAUUUAUUUCCUUUACAGAAUGGUAUGGAUUCCUACUAUUACCGUGAAGUGAAACUAAAUUGAGGUCCACUAUACAAGAGAAGGGAGAAUGCUUUCCAAUUUGUUUGAUUCUUGAAAAAUCCAUAUUUAGCCUGAUACUGAAUUAUACCUGUUAGGACCGGAGCAAUGAGGACCAUUAUUUGGUCAACCACCAAGUUUAGUUUAUGCUGGGGCAGAGUAGUGAAUUUCACAGCUGAGUCAGAGCAAACAAACAAACAAACAAAACAGAUGGAGCAACAAUUGUCUUGAUAUACUGAAAGGUCAGUACUUACUUGACAUUUUGUUCUCAUUUUUGGGUUUUCCCAAGUAAUGUUAUGCUCAAAAGUGCCGUGCACUGAAAGAUUGUACUACGUAAUAUCUGAAUUACUCGAAUCUGUCUGUCGCCAGAAUGUUGCUGCUGCUUUGUAAUUAAGGGCCACAUUCCAGCUGAUAUAAUUGUGUUGCGUGUUUGCAGAAUAUCAAUGUAAGUGAUGGCUCGCAAUGGGA